AUGAAACAGCUGCACAAAUUAUUUAAAUUUAUCAAAAAAUGUUAUUAUGUUUUACCAACAAUUUUCAAAAUUACUGACCGCAGCAUUAAAUCAAUAGAGUUAGCGAAACAAAUGCAAAAUUUUAAAACCAUUGAAGAUUUUCUCUCUAUCGUUAAGGGAGUACCGGAUUCUGAAAUGCCUUCUUUCGUAGCCGCCAGCAUUGCACUGGUCGACUCUACGUUAUCAACUUCAGUCUUCUUUGUUUGUAUUGAUUCAGUUUUAGCAGAUGAAUUGGAAUUUGUGUCUCUGUUUGAAUAA